AGUGGCAACUCCAGACUGAGCAAUCUCGGAUAAGAGAGAGAGAGAGAGAGAGCGCAGGAGCAGUGGAGCAAGAAGAAGGAGGAGGAGGAGAAGACCUGACCGGAGCCAGAAUGGCCACCAUCCUCCACAAUUCCCCCCCUCUGAAGCGCGGGCUGGAAGCUAAUCACCCUCCCAGAAGGCACCGCCCUAUUCCCUCCCGUCUCCUUGUCCUCAGGGCCGCCCUCCCCCCACCCCCUCCAUCCUCCAACCGGCGGCAGUUCCUGACGGACUCCACCGCGGCUGCACUCUCCGUGGCCGUCGCUCCCCUGGUCGGCUUCGGCAGCGGCAGCGAUCGUGCUGCGAGGGCGGAGGAGGGGCUCUCUGAGUGGGAGAGGGUGUACCUCCCCAUUGACCCCGGCGUCGUCCUUCUUGACAUUGCGUUUGUUCCCGACGAUCCGACUCAUGGUUUUCUUUUGGGCACAAGGCAAACAAUAUUGGAGACAAAAGAUGGCGGUAACACUUGGGUUCCUCGAUCAAUCCCUUCUGCCGAAGAUGAGGAUUUUAAUUACAGGUUCAAUUCUAUUAGUUUCAAGGGGAAAGAGGGAUGGAUUGUUGGGAAACCAGCAAUUUUAUUGUACACUGCAGAUGCAGGAGAAAGUUGGGAAAGGAUACCAUUGAGUGCUCAGCUUCCUGGAGAUAUGGUGUAUGUAAAGGCAACUGGGGAAAAGAGUGCAGAAAUGGUUACGGACCAAGGUGCAAUUUACGUUACAUCAAAUAGGGGGUACAACUGGAAGGCUGCUGUCCAAGAGACUGUUUCAGCAACACUUAACAGAACUGUAUCUAGUGGUAUCAGUGGAGCAAGCUAUUACACGGGAACUGUCAACUCAGUAAACCGAUCUCCUGAUGGAAACUAUGUUGCUGUGUCAAGUCGUGGAAACUUUUAUCUCACCUGGGAGCCUGGGCAGCCAUACUGGCAACCCCAUAACAGAGCUGUUGCCCGGCGAAUACAAAAUAUGGGCUGGAGAGCUGAUGGUGGACUUUGGCUUCUUGUACGUGGUGGGGGACUAUAUCUCAGCAGAGGAACUGGUAUCACGGAAGAUUUUGAAGAAGUUCCAAUUCAGAGUCGAGGUUUUGGCAUUCUUGAUGUUGGUUAUCGUUCUAAGGAAGAAGCUUGGGCAGCUGGAGGCAGUGGUGUUCUCUUGAGAACAAAAAAUGGCGGUAAAACAUGGAAUCGUGAUAAGGCUGCAGACAAUAUUGCAGCUAACCUGUACUCAGUCAAGUUCAUUGAUAGCAACAAAGGCUACGUACUGGGGAAUGACGGCGUGCUGCUCCGGUACCUUGGCUGAUCAAGCUGGUGUCGUAUAUGUGCAUUCAUUGCUUAUGUAAUUCUUUUUGUAAGAAAUGACGUCGAGGCAUUCUUCAGUCCGUUGAUCAAGAAAUAUAUUAUGUAUGUAAUAUAACAAGACAAUUAUGCAUGUAACGGUGUUCCAUCAUUCAAUCUUAUGGGCGGUAUAUCCUA